AUGAAUGUGGACGAAAGUUUUGGAAUUUUGGAAUUUGGUCAAGGCGAAAAUACCAAAACUCUCGAGUUGACGUGGUCGUGUAAAUCUGAUUAUUUGACAUACAGGAUAAAGAUACAAGAAAGGUCAAGUAGAAGUACAAAACGUGAUGUUUUAAGUGAAAUAGCUUUGAUAUUUGAUCCUUUAGGACUUCUCGCACCAUGUGUUGUUGUUGUUGUUAAAGUUUUGCUACAAAAAUUGUGGCUUCAGAAAGUAUCCUGGGAUGACAGUUUGCCAGCUAAAAUCCACAGCACCUGGACUAAGUUUCGUGAAGAGUUACCUUACAUAAAUGACCUUAAAAUUCCACGUCAUGUUACUUGUGUAAAGCCUGAAAAAAUCGAGUUGCAUGGGUUUUCAGAUGCGUGCGAUUAUAGUUAUGGUGCUUGUAUAUACCUAAGAUCAAUUGAUGCACAGGGUAUUAUUACAGUUAGAUUGUUGUAUGCUAAAUCAAAGGUUAGUCCUUUAAAGCCUUUGACUACCCCUAGAUUAGAGUUGUGUGCAGCAUUGGUUUUAGCUCGCUUAGCUGAAAAGGUUCUUAGGUCUUUAACAUGUAAUAUUGAGAGGUGGAUCUUUUGGACGGAUUCGUCAAUAGUGCUGGGAUGGUUAAAGACUGCUCCUAAUUUACUCAAAACUUUCGUGAGUAGCAGGGUGAGUGAAAUUUAA